AAGUCUGAUCUACUGAAUUUGGAGUUACGAAUUUUUAGCAGCCACAUGGCUUGCUAGUAACCAAUCUAGGGCCCUCUGCAUAGAAAAGCCACUGCUGAGCCAUUUCUCCAGCCUCGUUCCACCAUUUUUAUUCUUAACCUUACCCCUUAAACAAGCAGGGACAAACGAUAUUCUGAAUAUGGCUAAUGAAAUUUUAGGUUGAAGGAUUGGAAAUACUGUGCCCUUCCACUGAGCUGCAAGGACAGCUGCUCUUUGGCCAUCAGCAGACCUCAGAAACUAGAAAUAUUUAUUUCAGGCUCCUCCGGACUGGCCACUGUGGUCAGGAAUGGAAAGCACCUGCCAGGUGUUGCUGGUCAGUUAACUGGAGACGUCAAGCUUUGCGGCUUCAGUGGCCCCCACUCUUAACCAUCUUUCAUGGGCGUUCAAACGACAGGUGUCGAGCGCCCCCUACAUGCGACACACGAAAACGGGAAUCGUUAAGUGUGCUCGCAUUCGCAGCCACCCUCUGACAAAAGUACCCACAGGCACUACUUUACACGUGAGAAAACUAGUCCCACUCCCUUGGAUGACUGGCUCUGUGCAACCUUGAGCGGCGUGGGAGUUGACCCCUAAAGUUUCUUCCCGUUCCCACACUACGGCGGGUCUAGCUCAAGGUCACAAGUGCUCAAACACGGCCCGACCGGGCCUCGCGGCUUAAAAUAGAAGGGGCCACUCUCUACAGCCAGCACUGCGGGCCCAGGAGGCGGCGGCCGACCUGUCGCAAAGACCGGGGACUGCGACUUCUAGCCCACGGCUACUAGGACUACGGGGUCGCGGAAGGUCUGGGCGCUCUUGCGGAAGACUUUCUCCUUAGCCAAUCAACGUUGAGGUCCCGCCCUCUCUCCGGAAGGAGGCGUUUCCCGGAGCAACCGACCGAUCCGGCUCUGGAGUUUGGUGGCGGGAAAGGCCAUGAGUAAAAGCCGUGCGGAGGCUGCGGCUGGAGCCCCCGGGAUCAUCCUGAGGUACCUGCAAGAACAAAACCGGCCCUACAGCGCCCAGGACGUGUUCGGGAACCUGCAGAAGGAACAUGGACUGGGCAAGGCGGCUGUGGUGAAGGCACUGGAUCAGCUCGCCCAGCAAGGCAAGGUCAAAGAGAAGACGUACGGCAAGCAGAAGAUAUAUUUUGCCGAUCAGGACCAGUUUGACACAGUGAGUGAUGCGGACCUCCACAGCCUGGAUGCCAGCAUCGUGGCCCUCAGCGCCAAGGUGCAGAGCUUACAGCAGAGCUGCCGACACAUGGAGGCUGAGCUGAAGGAAUUAACAAGUGCACUGACCACUCCUGAGAUGCAGAAAGAGAUUCAGGAGUUAAAGGAGGAGUGUGCUCGCUACACAGAGAGACUGAAGAACAUCAAAGCAGCUACCAACCAUGUCACUCCAGAAGAGAAGGAGAAGGUGUACAAAGACAGACAGAAGUAUUGUAAAGAGUGGAGGAAGCGGAAGAGAAUGACCACAGAGCUGUGUGAUGCAAUCCUUGAAGGAUACCCCAAGAGCAAGCAGCAGUUCUUUGAGGAAGUUGGCAUUGAGACAGAUGAAGAUCAUAACGUCGCGCUCCCCGACCCCUGAGGCCCUGGUGGAGGUGGGACAGGCCGGCCUGCGCUGGCCACCUCACUGUUCUCCACCUUUGAGCAGUGAACGGAGGAGCACAAAGAAAGGCAUAGUGUUAGGUAGAGACUGGUGAUCAGAAAGGACGGUCAUGUCCAUUUGCACAGGCCUCAACAAGGACUUAAAACAACCUUAAAGUAUUUGUAAUAUUUAUUGUAAUAUAAUUUGAUAUAAAAAUACUUAAUUUCCUCUGGA